AUGUACUUCCUGCGUACAUCUAAACACAUUGACCCUUCUAAAUUGGGCGAAUUUGACGGAGCCCUGCGCAACGCCCUGUCGUCGAUUUGCAAUGUUCAAGAACCAUCCGGCAUUUCUGCGCAUGAUGGUAGGCGCCUGGACGGAUGCACACUAAUACCUUGGAGAGCCGGCAGAUGUUUAGCGUGGGAUGUUACGGUCCCUGGCACCCUCGCCGAACGAUACGUAAACCUGACAAGUAAAGAAUGCGGUUUGGCCGCGGCCAGGGCAGCGGACGAGAAAAUGAAAAAAUAUGGGAACGCCCUCCCCUCGAUGGAAUUCUUGCCAAUAUGUAUCGAGGUUUUCGGCCCGAUGGACCCCAACACCCUUAAAUUUCUUAAGGCAAUAUGUAAAAUGAUCAGCGUCAGAUCAGGCGACAGCAGGGAACUGUUUUUCGCAACUAACCACAUUUUGUGCUUGUUGCAGCGACAUCUGACGGAAAGAGUGCUUGAAAUGAUGAUGAAGAAGAAGAUGAAGAAGAUGAAGAUGAAGAAGACGAUGAAAAAGAAGAAGAAGAAAAAAAAGAAGAAGAAAAAGAAAAAAAAGAAAAAGAAGAAAAAGAUGAAAAAGACGAUGAAAAAGAAGAUGAAGAAGAAGAAGAAGAAAAAAAAGAAGAAGAAGAAGAUGAGGAUGAUAAAGAAGAUGUUGUUGUUGAGGACCAUGAAAUAG